CAGUCUCGCCAUGACUUAGCAAACUGCUAACAAUUCUAAGUCGUUGUUCAAAUAACAACCCUAAUGAAGGGAAAUUCGAUGCAGUGAUCUAAACGUCAAUAUUCAAAACGCCGUUGAUAUUAUUAUCAUAUCGAGACAGGUUUAAGGCAACCGAAAAACUGCGAGGUUCACAGUUUCUGAUAGACAUAUAGGGAUACAUUUGACCAUGCCGGUUGAUUUGUACUUGUUUCAGUUAAGUCCCCCUAGCCUGGCUGUCCGUAUGGCCUGCAAGGCAGCGGAAGUGGACGUGAAUAUUAAAUGGAUAAACACAUUUAAGAAAGAGCAAAUGACUGAGGAGUACCUUAAGAUAAAUCCAGACCAUACGUGUCCGACUAUAGUUGACGAUGGCUUUUGUCUGUGGGAAAGCAAAGCUAUCAUGCCAUAUCUGCUUGAGAAGUACGGAAAGAACGAGUCGCUCUACCCAAAGGACAUCAAGCAGAGGGCAAUAAUCGACAGGGCCUUGAUGUUCAAUGCCAUCACAUUUACACCUAAGGUUUACGGAGUGUUGCUACCAAGACUGGCUAAAAACGAGGUUUCUGAGGAGGCAGAGAAGGAGUUUAAAGAAAAAGCAAUGGACAAACUCAAUCGGGACCUGGAGGGAAAACAGUUCAUCGCGGGAGACAACCUCACGAUCGCCGACUUUGCUUUCUGGGGGCUGAUCACUCUAUUAGGGCUCUUUGAUAUUGAUACAAGUCCUUGGAGUAACAUAUGCUCUUGGGCAGAGCGCAUGAAGGCGUUACCUUAUUAUGAAGAGUGCCAUAAAGAGCUCUUUGAAUUCUGGGAAGAAAUGAAAAAGGUGGAAUCUUAAAUGACUUAACACAAAGAACUAGCAAAGUGCCACGAGAGUGACGAUGGAGCAUGAACAAGGAACAAUUGAAAAAAGCAUUUUGUUAUAUUUAAAAAGGACUAAAAACUACUCUUUUCAAGAGGAAAGUGUGCUUCCUUCAAGAUCUGCAUCGUCCUGUAAACAUGUAAUCUGUGAUCAGACUGAUAUCUUUUAUGCGAUGCUAAACCUUAAAAAGACUCAUUUUGUAUUCUCGAGGAUAUAUUCUUUAAUAUAUGUGCGUAGUUUUUCUAGUUAUAUCAAUGAAAAUAAAGUAUACAAACCCUUAAA